AUGUGGUGGAUGCUGUUUCCGCGCUGGAUCUGCUUCCUUGUAGGACAGUACUUUGUCCUCCUUAUGGACAGCCGCGUCAUGGCUAUGUCCCUGCCAAGGGUAGUAUACUCUCACGCCGGGAUCUGCCCGAACGACAUGAACCCUAAUUUGUGGGUGGAUGCCAUGAGUACUUGCAUGCGGGAGUGCGAAUCGGAUCAGGAAUGCGAGACUUUCGAGAAGUGUUGUCCCAACGUCUGCGGAAACAGGAGCUGUGUGGCGGCGCGUUACAUGGAUGUCAAGGGAAAGAAGGGUCCCGUGGGGAUGCCGAAGGAAGCGACAUGUGACAAAUUUAUGUGUACCCAGCAAGGCUCUGAGUGCGACAUCUGGGACGGGCAACCGGUGUGCAAGUGUCGGGACCGCUGCGAGCGAGAACCCAACUUCACCUGUGCUUCGGACGGCAUGACCUACUACAACAGGUGCUACAUGGACGCAGAAGCCUGUUCCAAAGGCAUCUCCCUGUCCGUGGUAACGUGCAGGUACCACCUCACCUGGACAAACACCAGCCCGCUACCUGCAGAGACAACCCUCCGCCCGACCACCACUGCUCUCCUAGAGACCACCCCAUUAGACGUACAGCCGCCGGCCAUGAUUAGCAGCCCUGCCCACCAAUCUGUGUUUGUCGGUGACACUGCGAGCUUCCUGUGUGAGGUGACGGGGCGGCCGAAGCCGGAUGUGACCUGGGAGAAGCAAGUGGAGGGGAAGGAAAAUGUCAUCAUGAAACCCAACGACGUGCAGGGGAAUGUGGUCGUCACCAACAUCGGCCAGCUCGUCAUCUAUAAUGCCCAGAUGCAGGAUACCGGCAUCUAUACCUGCACAGCUAAAAAUGCAGGGGGCUCCAUCCAAGCAGACUUUCCCUUAUCUGUGGUCCAGAGAGACACUGUCAAGACGGAGGACCCUAAAAAUGCAACAAAUGUUCCAUUGGAAGAGUGCCUGAAGACACCAGACCAUGAAGACUGCGGAGAGGAGAGGAUGAGUUGGUACUAUGAAGCUAAGAAGAACAACUGCUUCACUUUCACCUAUGGAAACUGCAACAACAACAUGAACCACUUUGAUACCUAUGAGUCCUGCAUGCUGUCUUGUGGUGCAGAGCUGGCUCACCCUUGUGGUCUUCCCAGCCUUCAGGGCCCCUGCAAAGCCUAUGAGCCCCGCUGGGCAUACAGCAACUUGUUAAAGCAAUGCCACUCAUUCAUUUACGGCGGUUGUGGCGGGAAUGAAAACAACUUCGAGAGUAAGGAAGCCUGUGAAGAAGCCUGCCCUUUCCAAAAAAAUCAGAACUGCAAGAUGUGCAAACCCCGCCAGAAGAUGGUGACCAGCUUCUGCAAGAGCGACUUUGUCAUUCUUGGCCGGAUGACGGAGCUGACAGAGGACCAGGACUCUGGUCAUGCCCUCAUCACGGUGGAGGAGAUCCUGAAGGAUGAAAAGAUGGGGCUGAAGUUCUUUGGCAAGGAGCCUUUGGAGGUCACGCUGCUGAAUAUGGACUGGAGCUGCCCAUGCCCCAACAUCACCAGUGCGGAUGGCCAGAUGAUCAUCAUGGGAGACGUCCACAAUGGCAUGGCCGUCCUGCAGCCGGAUAGCUUCGUCAGUCCGUCCAGCGCCCGGCGUGUCCGUAAGCUCCGCGAGGUCCUACAUAAGAAGACCUGUGACCUUUUGAAAGAGUUCCCCAGCGUUUAAUAGAACAUCUCCAAGUCUUGUAAAGACAUAAAAUACACACCAUGGCUGUAAUGCUCUUAUCCUAAAGGAAUUUAAAAAAAAAAUCUCUUCUUAAAAGUGUUCUGAAGGGGUAAGUCUUAUUCAGCCCAAACUAAGUGCCUAUGGGUUUCUUACCACACUUCUUUCUAUCUGUUAACAUGUAUUAUCUGUUGUUCACUUUAUUUAUUAUGAAUAUGCAGCUAGUGUAUACUAUAUUGUAUGAUGAUGCUUACAAUGUGCAAGUUCACAAAAAUUCCUCUUAAACUAAUAUGCUUAAAAUAUAAGAAAAAUGCAUUAAAUACUGCACUUUAUUUAUCAGAACAUGUGCAAUGCAAUUGGAAUACAUUGAUUUAUAUGCAUUACGUGACAUUGUAAUAACGCAUGGUGUUGCUCUGACUUCAUGUUUUGUGAAAUGGUCUUCUUCAUUGGGAUAUCUUAGUGCCUUCAUCAGGUAAACAGAUGUGUAUUUCAGAAUACUACACUUAUUGACAUCAUCUUAGAAUUCAUUGUUUUAGUCCUUUUCUAGCAGUUGCAGAUUUGAGGCUCUUCUUAAGCACUUAUUGAGAAACGUUUCUUAGCAUUCACGUUCCAUGAAAAUGUGUCCCUGAAGUGUCUCAAUGUCGUUCUCUCUUUACAGUUUUAAAUGACCUGGUGCCUUUGAUACAAUAGAUGAGAUCCACUGUUGUGCCUUAAUAUCAAGGUUUCAAAGUCACGGAUUGUUAAAGUGGUCACCAGGGAGCACACUCACAUCGAAACUUCUGUAAUAUUCUCACAAUCAGAUUUGCUCAAUGCACUUGAACCGGUUGUAAUAUGUUCUCUCUGUGGCUAAGAGUUCUGAAUUCCUGGAAUCAGAGUACUUUAUUUCCAAUAUAGCACCUUGCAAUUCUGCUAUAAAAUGAAUGUAUAUUUUUUGUGCUUGAUUUUACCUUAGUUUUUGUAUUUAUUGUGUGGUCUUUAGUCAUUUACUAAAAUUAAUGAAUAAAAUCCUUACCCUCAAGCACUUAAUUUUCUCUUCAGAACAAUACUUGUUCCAUCUUUUAUUUUAAAUAUUUUCUUUUUCUGAUCUUUUUUUUUUUU